UAUAUGACUUGAACAAAUGAAAAGUUUCAGUCAAUUUUCGUUGAACUGUCGUCGUGAUCGGAAGUGAAAAAUGAAGUUUUUAAUUUUUAUUGCUUUUUGUGGAUUAUUGGGCAGUAGCUCAUUAGCUUUUGAAGAGUUUGCACCUUUUAUGGUUAACAGUGUGAGAUCAGCGCCUGUUCCUUAUUAUGUAUUCAUCCAAUACUUCAAUGCACAGAAUUUAGGAUUCUUUGGAGGUGGAGCGCUUAUUUCGACGCGACAUGUUCUGACUUCUGCUGUCAACGUUGUUGGCUUUGCUAGAGUGACUGUGUACGCAGGUUCUUCAAACAGAACUGCAAUGCGUGAACUCGCAGUUUCAGGAGCAGCAAAUGCAAUUACCAGUCAUCCACAAUACGAUGCAGUUAAUAGAAAUAAUGAUAUUGCCAUAAUUCGUCUUCAGACUCCAAUUAUUCCCACAGCUGAAAUUCAUCACGUUGCCAUUCCACCAACAACCACACCAGCACUUGUGUUGCCUUUCGAAAACGAAGAAGGUUUCGUUCCAGGCUUUGGAUUCCAAAAUAUUGGCGAUUCUAGUCCAACUCAAUUCUUAUAUCGUGGAUAUCAGCGAACAAUUGGAGCCACAAGAUGCUUACAAUUCUUUGGAGUGAAUCCAACUAACACAUUCUGUGCUGAAGAUAACGUUGAACGUUCGAAUGGAUGUCAAGGAGAUAUUGGAAAUCCUUUCGUGAUUUCAUACCGACGAUCAGAUGUUUUGGCUGGAAUUUUGUCAAUGCAUGCACCUUGCGGUCAAUGGUCGCCUUCAGCCUACACUAGAAUUACGCAAUAUCUUCCUUGGAUUAACGAACAACUUGCAAUAAAUUAAAAGGUUGCAAUUUAUUCAAUAACAAAAGUUUCAUUCUGAAGAUAAUUUUACCGAUUUUAAUGGAAUAAAAACGAAAUUUGUUCAGUUAAAGU